GUACAGAUACACUGAGGCAGCAAGAAACAUGUGAAUACAGAGUAGGGGGAGUGGAUCAUGAAAGUGAAUAGAUAAGAAAGGGAAACAUCAGAGAGAGAAGUGCAAGACAGUGAGAGAGUACAUACGGAAGAGGAAGUCGUGUGAGAGAGAGGGGGCGGGAGAGAAUGAGAGAGAUAAGUAACGGAGGCAAUCAGUCUCCGCAGGACCCACACUGGCCUCACAUGCAGUAGAACGGAUGGGAGAGCACAUAGAGAGACGCUACAAUGCAGCAGCUUUUAUCUACAUCAAUAUAACUAUACACAGAAAGUGAGUUGGAGGUCCUCCUACACUUCUACCAUAGAGUAGCUGGAAAUACUAGAUGGGUACAAAACUGGAAGAUGUCAGAAACCCCUCAAAGGGAAAUUUACAAUUUCAUUUUUGAAGCAUUAUCUGCCCAGUCCUGAGCCACCCUUUUUAAAUGCAGGGUUAUGGUGAGAUGUUCUUCUGGCAUCCAGUUAAGAUCUUUAUCUAUGAAUUCUUCACCCUUAUGGUUCUGUUUUCCUCAGUGUCUAGAGGGAUUGAUGACAUUUGCCGGCUCUGCUGCCACAUCCAGGGACAAGAGCACAGUUUAAACUGCAGCUGGAAUAGUUUGUCUGAUACAGAGCACACCUUGUACCUGCAGCACCUGAAAAACGACCUGUCUGUUCUGAACUUUACAGCCCCCCUAGGGCAGAACUGGCUGCUGAUACACCGGGAAUAUCUGGUUAUGUUUGAUCCUUAUCACCUGCGGCUGACGGCUGGGGGCAAAGAGGUGCAACUGAACAUCACGUUCCAGACAAAUGGAGAAAACGUUCUCCUCCAGCCGCCGAUACUCACUCCUGUUGAGUAUGAAGAUCACAACAUUGUGGUGGUAAAGUGGGAACACCAGGAGCAUGUGUCUGCAGAGCAGGAACAGGCACUUCAGUACCGGAAGGUGGGAGCUGCCAACUGGACUGAGGUUCAUAAUGACCUACUGGAACCCAACUCAUAUGACCUGACUAACCUGGACCUCUAUGUAGAGUAUGAGGUCCAGAUCCGUUAUUUGCCUAAAAGAUCCAGUAAUGAGAAGGGCAGCAGAUGGAGCAAGACACUAACAUUCUGCACUCCAGGUGAAGUGCCCUGUGGUCUUCUAGACGUCUGGAGAAGUUCCGUGGAGGGACCAACUCUGCGUGUCCAAUGGAAGCCAUUGAGUAAUCGCACUGAGAGGGAUAAAAUCUUGGUCUACAAUGUGACCUAUGUUCAUGGAGGCCAGACUAAUACUACGGAGGUACAGAGCUGUCACAUUCAACUGCCGUCCGAGGCCACAAAUAUCUGCGUCAGCCCCAAAAACCAGCAUGGACUUGGCUAUGUCAGUUGUACCCCACCCUCCUGCUCAGAUCUGACCCCUGCCUCAGGUAUUAAAGUUUGGGUCGACAGGUCAGGUGGUAUCAAAGUAUCAGUCAGAGAGAUGUUGCCCGCCCCCGAGGAUCCUCACACUUAUCUGGUUGAGUGUAAGGAGCUCAUAGAAGCUGGAAACACAUUCCUGAACUGGACCAGGUUCCCGACAACCAAUCAGAACCUUACACUGUCAGGUGACUUUGCGCCUUAUGUUCCCUACGAGGUCACUGUGUUUGUCCUUUACAAUAACCGUUGUGCAGGAGUCGCAUCUUCUGUUUUGUACAGCCAGGAGGGAGCGCCCUCUGCUGGCCCCAAUGUUUCCAUUCACUUGAUCUCCGCCGAUGAAGCGCAUUUAUCCUGGGAUGAGCUCCCGCUCCCGCACAGAAGAGGAAACAUUACCAGUUACACCAUUUACUUGAACAGUACGGAACAUUCUCUGCAACAAUCAGUUCUUGGCAGGAAUAAUUGCAUCUCAGGCUUAUUGCCCAACACUGCGUAUACCGUGAGGAUGACAGCUUGGACGGGUGCAGGGGAAGGACCCCCAGGAUGCGCCAGGAAGUUUCGCACAGGUCACAUCACUUAUCAGUUGGUCGUCAUUGGAGUGAUCUUCCUGCUGAUAACAAUUCCACUCUCCCUCUGCACCAUUUGGGUUGUGCGGAGAUGGAUCUGGACCAGAAUCCCCAACAUAGAGACCAAUCAGGAACUGAUCCAGAAUAACUUUAACUGGGGCCUGGAACAGCAGGAGGACCCCAACACCCCCAUCACCAUUGUGGAGGAGAUUGAGCCCCCACAGCAAGCGCCAAAACCCCCGGAGAAGAUCAUCACAUCUGGAUACGAGAAACACUUUCUCCCCACCCCAGAAGAGGUGAUGGGUCUCCGGUAACCAGGGGGACUGAUUCUUCCUAUUCUGAAGCUUUUCAGAGACCUGGAGACCUGGCCAAGUGACAGUUGCAGGAGAAUGGUCUGGACUUGAUGGACCUAGAUCCCUGCAAAGCUAUUGGGGGUUCUCUGGGGGAGGAGGUGAAGUAGAGUUGGGUUUAUCUGAUAAAAUGAUCCUACCUCAAGAAAUACAAUGGAUUCUCUGGGAAUUAUGGGUAAUCCUAUGCACUUCAAUGCCUUUUGGCUUGAUAGUCCUGCCAUAGCUGAUCUGUCCAGGCUGGAACUUUCCACUUGUUCUGGAUUUAGCCCUGUGAGAGAUUUGAUUGGCUCCAGCCUUCCCAAGCACAAUAUGGACUUCAGGGCAUGACAAUCACUUGCACUUACUGGGGUCAUUGCAAUGGGGUUUGGGUCAUGACAAUAACACAUUUUGAUGUGACUUCCAGUUGGACAGUCUUAACUUCCUGGUGAACUGCAAAUCCCAGAAUCCUCAGUAAGCCAUCAAAACUCUAUAGUAGAACUUGGUCCUUUCUCAUGAAUCAGGAUGUUGAAGGGGGGGCUGUUGCAUCUCAGAGGGUUUAGUUCUCCUUUAAUGUUACCAGGAACAGCAUUUUUCCGCCCUUGGUAACCAGCAGUUUCUGGUUACGAUUUUCAGGGGAGCAGAAAAAAAUGGUGUAAAAUCCAGGAAAAUGUAAAAUCAGGGACCACAAACAACAAUGUAAAAUGAAGGUAAAAUUUAAGGGCAGGGGUUUUACUGUAUACGGAAAAGUUCGUGUUGACUAGGAAUGCGCCAAAUCCACUAUUUUAGGAUUUGGCUCAAUUCUGAACCCUUUGUGAAAGAUUUGGCUAAUUCUGAACCCUAAUUUACAUAUGUAAAAUAGGGAAACAAGGGCGCGGUUAAAAAAAAUAUGUCUGACUGACUUGUUUGUGUGAUGAAAAGUCACGUGAUUUUUUUGGAUUCAGAUUUGGUUCUUCCAGGCACUUGGAUUCGUCCGAACCCUGCUAAAAAAGAGGAAUCCUGGAAUCCUGGAUUCACUGCAUCCCUAAUUUUGUACCUUUAAUGAAAGUGUUUUCAGACGCAGUAACAUCAAAACUGAAAAAAUUCGUUAGUAUAUAUCAAUAUAAAUCGCAAAGUCUUUAUUAAGAAAUAACUUAUGGAAACUGCGCUUCUGCUCCUCUUCAGAAAAGGUGAUUGGGCGAUCCAUAGUGCG